AUGAAUGCUUUCCCAUGGAGGAUGGCGAGUUCAAGUGUUUGCAGACCUCCUGUUUCACAAGUACGUCAUAAUUCAUUAAUAAGGCCUCUAUUUUCCCCAAUUAAACACUUCACAUUUCACUGGUGGGAAUUUUUCACUUGUCUCUGUUUUAUUGGUCGGUUGAUAGGUGGUUAUCUAUGUAGCACAUACAGCGAACAAUUAUCUGUAAUGCCUUUUUGUAGCCAGUCCUCACCAACUGUUUCAUUUCUUUCACCUAGAGGUGAUAUUUUGAUAGGCUUUUCAAAUUUUCGCCUUUUAAAAGGGUUAAAGAAGAAAUUUCGGGUCUAUUUUUUAAAAAAUAAAUCAUUAGAAUCGGAUAAAUUUGAAGAUGUUUUGAAGGUAACUGUAGAGAAGGAAAGGAUUUCACCGAGGGCUUUGCAUUUUCCUAGUUAUAAAAAAAAUAUGCGGAAGUUGCAGUAUGUCGCUUAUUUUAAAUCAGAAAGACAUAAAACUGUUUUUGGAACUUUCGGGUCGACUUGGUGA